CUCUUCUUUCUUACUACUACUUUCCGCAAUGUCGUUGAGCCCCACCCCGUCUUCCUCGCCUCCAUUUAUGUCUGAAGCAGCUCCAAGUACGGCGCCUUCGACUCCACCUCCCAAUGAGGCAGAGGAUGGCGACACAUCAGUGAAGCCAAUACCCCUGGAGGACGCAGAAACAGCCAAGAAAUAUUCGGAGCUCAAUCGCGUUUUGCAAAAAUCUGCCAUGUAUUCAAAAAUUCUGCACGAACGGCUACUUGAGACCAAGGCGGCGCAGAAGAAGAUCGCUGAUGAGAAGACAGAACGGAGGAAUGCUACUGCGAAGAAAGGAAGGAAGAGGUUACGUGUCGAUGGGAACGACGACGGUGUACGUGCGAAAAAGAUGAAAAUGGACAAUGGUAGUGCUGAGGCAUCUGAGGUGGACGACGAGACAGUCCUCUUCCCUCAGCCAUCACUCAUCACCGGUGCGAAACUGAAGACUUACCAGCUAGAAGGUCUUCACUGGAUGGUGUCGUUGCACCAGAACGGGAUUUCUGGUAUUCUUGCCGAUGAGAUGGGCCUCGGAAAGACCCUCCAAACGAUUGCAUUCAGUGCUUACCUGAGGGAGAGCGAAGUGUCUCAGGCAUUUCUUGUCGUCUGUCCACUCAGUGUAUUGCACAAUUGGGUGGAGGAGUAUGCCAAGUUCGCACCCGAGAUUCCUGUAUGCAUGUACCAUGGAACGCCUGAAGAACGAGCUGACUUGAGGAACACUGUCCUGGCUACCAUUCCUCGCUCUAAACAAGCUAAUUUCGUUUCAAAGACAACGUCCGCCGACAAAAUCAAACUGAAAAUCAAGGCUAAGAAAAGUCGAGGUCGUAAAGUCAAGUCCGUCGCCGAUGAAGAGGAAGAAGCCUCUUUACCUCCGCCCUUCCCUGUUGUCAUCACCACUUACGAGAUGAUCAUGAAGGACCGCGUUCACCUUGCGGACUACAAUUGGGGCUACAUCGUUGUAGACGAGGGUCACCGGCUGAAGAAUCUCAACAGCAAGCUCAUGCGUGAGAUCAAGAAAUACAACAACGCCAGUCGGAUGAUACUGACGGGGACACCUUUACAUAAUAACCUCUCAGAGCUUUGGGCACUCUUAAACUUUGUCCUUCCCGAAAUAUUCACGAACGUCGACGAUUUUGAGGAAUGGUUCAAUUUGCCGACGAUGCAAACAACGCUUGGCUCUGAACGCUCGUCGGAAAUCAUUGAUGCCCUUCAUGCCAUUUUGAAGCCAUUCCUGCUUCGCCGACUCAAGGCCGAUGUAGAGACAAAUUUGCCGCCGAAGAAGGAAUAUGUCCUGUAUGCGCCGUUGAGUGCCACUCAACGCGAAACAUAUAACAAAGUUCUGGACGGUAGCCUUCGCGCGUAUCUGAUCGGGCGCGAGGUUGCGAAGAAAAAAUCUGUCCCGGCGGUGGACCCUGAUGAACCGAGACAACUACGGAAAAAGAAAGGCGGCAGGAAAAGUUAUUCAGUCGACGGGGAUGACGAUAAUUACUUGGCUAUGCUUGAACAUGGAGAAGUUGACGAGAGAGGUGUUAAAGUCCAGGAACAGUCUCAUAAUAUAGAAGCUUUGAGCAAAGAGCAUCAGCUGCGGGUUGCCGCAAAACACGUCAAUAAUAUGAGACUGCAAAAUACCGUUAUGCAAUUGCGCAAAGUUUGCUCCCACCCCUUCCUUUUCGAAUGGCCUUUGGAUGCCCAGACGCAUCAGCCUGCACUAGAUAAUAGAGUCGUAGACACAAGCGGCAAGAUGAUGGUUCUCGAUCGGCUGCUCGAUGAGCUCUUUAGAAGAAAACACAAAGUUCUGCUAUUCAGCCAGUUCACGACGAUGCUAGACAUUAUAGAUGAUUGGGCGCGUGAAAUGAAGGGUUGGAAUAUCUGUCGCAUCGACGGGUCAACAGCCCCAAUGGACCGUCGUGAGCAGAUGAACUUGUUCCAGAAUGGUGGGAACGUGCCUGGUACGCCUCACCUGUUCCUCCUUAGCACGCGUGCGGGAGGAUUGGGUAUUAAUCUUACUGCUGCGGAUACGGUUAUCUUCUAUGAUCAAGACUGGAACCCACAGAUGGAUGCCCAGGCUCAAGACAGAGCGCAUCGGAUAGGACAGACGAAGCCUGUUCUGAUAUUCCGGAUUGUUACGGCACACACUAUCGAAACGAAGAUCAUGGAAAGGGCUACUGAGAAGAAGAAGCUUGAAGCUUUGGUCAUUGCGAAGGGCAAGUUUCAGGCGCCUACUACUGCUGCCCGUCGAGGCAGGCCUGAAACGAUGGCCGAGAUGGCCGCGUCGCUUCUCAGGCUUGAGGGCGAGAAAAUUGAUGUCGUCCCUGAGACGGUGGAGGGCAAGGCCAAUGUUAUCAGCGAUCUUGACCUCGACGCCCUGCUGGAUCGCUCGCCGAAGGUAUUCGCUGAUAGAGGACAAGGUUGGACUCAGGAGAAGGAAGGUAAGAAAGCGGCAUUUGCAGUUUAUGAGGCUCCACAGAACGAAGGGAACGAUGCACUGGCGAAGAUGCUUAGCGAGGAUAUAGAGUAGAUUUGACGUUUUUGUUUCGUUUCUGAGUAAAUAAAAGUUAAAAUAAACAGC